AUGGUCACUGCUGCCAUCAACACUCUUGGUGAACUUGAGAGAUCAUCUCUUCAGGCCAUCAAGAAGUAUAUUGCAGCAACCUACAAUGUUGAUGUUGAAAGGCAAGCACCGUUCAUCAAGAAGUUCCUCAAGGCCGCCGUCGUCAAGGGAACUCUGGUUCAAACCAAAGGAAAAGGCGCUUCUGGAUCAUUCAAGUUUGUAGUUGAAAAAGCUGCACCCAAACCCAAAGCUGCCGCGAAGAAACCCACUAAUGUAAAGAAACCUGCAGCUAAGGCACCAGCUAAAACUAAAGCUGCUGUUUCUCCAAAAGCUAAGAAAGCUGCCAAAACUUCAACAGCUAAGCCAAAGUCACCUUAA